UUGUGUUGGUGAUGGGAAUAUCGCGUCAUGGUACCAUAUCACAUAAAGCUAUAGAGUUCAUUGCGAUGAAAAAGAGAUAUUUUUCCACAGAGACGCCCUUCGCCGACCCAACGCAUCCGGAGACGUCGCUCCUAUUUGCACAAUUCGUUGACGAAGACGCCAUUAUCAGAUGGAGGAAUAACUCCACUCAUCUUGGAAUCAUGCACCACUCGCGCCACCACAUGUUCAACCAAUUUCGGGUCAUAGUUGGCACCGACGCGUCAAACCCUUCCAGCGAGCUGGAAGGGGGGAGGGUCGUAGUGGUUUAUCAAAGACUACCACUACAGGAUUGCCAGCCAGAGCAUAUGCAGCUGUCAUAUGUCACCAAAUCUGAUACUUCGGCGCUGGUCACUGAAUCCGAGUUCUUUGUUGGAGAGAAUUCAUGGGUGUGGAUAGCGAAGCUGACGGAUGGAUCUAGCGCAGAGGAAUAUGAAGAGUCGCUUCAGCGUGUUUCGGGCGACAUUUUGGACCGAGUUCAUGUAGUGCGCGAAUAUACGAAGACCGAGCGCAGUGAGGCUCCUGGAAAUCUUGAUGCGGCUGAAGCACGUGGUAAACCGACGGCGUAG